CUCUCUCCCAUCUGCCUGUGAUUUAUGUUCCUCUGAAAACGAAAUACGAAGCUUCCGACAUAAUGUUUCAUUGCUCUUUUGACACAGCCUGGUGAUCUUAUCGUGACUCUUUUGCUCUGACCCUCUGCUUCCUCUUCUCUUCCGCCUGGGAAACUUCCCCAGAAUCUGUGCUUGCUUGUCUCUGAUUCGAAUCUUGUACUUUGAUCCAUCUGGGUUUUUUCCUUUCUUAGAAAUUUCUGGGUUGUUAGAGUUUAUGGGGUUUUUGGGUUCUGAAUGGAUCUGAUGGAACCAGUCAGGAGUUUGGUUGGUGCGCCUUCAGACCGUUUGGGACAUGAGAAGGCGAAAUAAUGAGAAUUGAGCGAUUCAAGGUGGAAGUUUUGGUAUAUUUGGUUGGUGGGGCGGAUGUUCCUUACCCUUUUUAACGUUACAAGCUGGGAUUUGUUGAUUGACAAGUGUUCUAAUCAGUCGGUGCCAUGUAUUUUUCCCCCAUAGGAUUUUGCAUCUGAAUUUUUUUCCCCAGUUUAGCGCUUCUUUUUUGUGAAAAUCUGUAACUUAUGUUUAUAGUAUUUUGUUUUACUUUUCAAUUUUAGGUUGAUCCUUGUUCUUGGGUCUUUGCCGGUAAAGUCAAUAGGAUCUUAAUCAUCAAUAUAUAUCACAAAUCCUAUUUGUUAGGGAUCCUGUCUUUUGGUGAUUAAAAACUUUUGGGGAAUCUAACUGGAAACUGUGGAGCACCAUGAAGUUAGAUGUUCUGUGAGCCAUGGUUUCCACACAUAUAUUCUAGGUUUACUUAAGUUCUCGAGUUGAUUGAUGGCGUAUUCAGCAGAACCUUCAUCAUCUUUAAGCUUUACCUCAUCUUCCCAUUUAUCAAAUGGCUCUGUUAGCCACAACAUGUGCUCUUCUCACGGCUCUGAACCUUUACCCAACCUUGAAGUGAUCAGCUUGAGUAAACUUAGCUCAAGUUUGGAGCAGCUUUUGGUUGAGUCUGAUACUGAUUUUAGUGAUGCUGACAUCUUUGUUGAAGGAGAAACGGUUGGUGUUCAUCGAUGCAUUCUAGCAUCUAGAAGCAAGUUUUUCCACGAAUUAUUCAAGAAAGAUAAAGGAUCUUCACAGAAAGAAGGAAAAUUGAAGUAUUGCAUGAAUGAUUUGUUGCCGUAUGGCAACGUGGGACUUGAAGCCUUUCGCAUAUUCUUGGGCUAUAUUUAUACGGGAAAACUCAGGCCCUCUCCAAUGGAAGUGUCAACUUGUGUUGAUAAUGUUUGCGUACAUGAUGCUUGUAGGCCAGCAAUAAAUUUUGCUGUGGAGUUGAUGUACGCCUCUUCCAUCUUUGAAAUACCAGAAUUGGUAUCACUUUUUCAGCGGCGCCUCCUUAAUUUUGUAGGGAAGGCUUUUGUGGAAGAUGUCAUCCCAAUACUCACUGUUGCUUUCCAUUGUCAAUUGAGUCCGCUUGUUGCUCAAUGUGUUGAUAGGGUAGCACGAUCAAACCUUGAUCAAAUCUCAAUUGAGAAAGAGCUUCCCUUUGAACUUGCAAAUAAAGUUAAACUGCUCCGCGGCAACUACCAUCAAGACAUUGAAAAUAACACCUCUGUAGUUGAUGAUCCAGUACGUCAGAAGAGAAUCACUAGAAUACACAAGGCACUAGACUCUGAUGACGUUGAGCUUGUUAAACUACUUUUAACUGAAUCAGAUAUAACAUUGGAUGAAGCCAAUGCUCUUCACUAUGCUGCAGCCUACUGUGAUCCUAAGGUUGUUUCUGAGGUCCUAGGUCUGGGGAUGGCUGAUGUCAAUCUUCGGAAUUCUCGGGGCUACACUGUGCUUCACAUUGCUGCCAUGCGUAAGGAGCCUUCAAUUAUAGUUUCCCUUCUAACAAAGGGGGCUUGUGCGUCAGAGGUGACUUUUGAUGGUCAAAGUGCUGUUAGCAUCUGCAGGAGGCUAACAAGACCAAAAGACUAUCAUGCAAAAACAGAGCAGGGUAAAGAAACAAACAAAGAUCGCAUAUGCAUCGAUGUUCUCGAAAGGGAAGUCCGGAGAAAUCCAAGGGCUGUGGAUGUCAUAAUUUCUUCCCACACAAUGGCUGAUGAUCUGCACAUGAAGCUACUAUAUCUUGAGAACAGAGUGGCAUUUGCAAGACUGUUCUUCCCUACAGAAGCCAAAUUAGCCAUGGACAUUGCACAUGCUCAGACAACAUCUCAGUUUGCAGGUCUUUCUGCGUCAAAAGGUUCAAAUGGGAAUUUGAGAGAGGUUGAUCUAAAUGAGACCCCCCUGGCGCAGAACAGAAGACUUCUUACCAGGAUGGAGACCCUUAUGAAAACAGUUGAGACGGGCCGGCGGUAUUUUCCACACUGCUCGGAAGUGCUUGACAAGUUCAUGGACGAUGACCUACCUGAUCUGUUUUACCUGGAGAAGGGCACCCCAGAUGAGCAGAAAAUCAAGAGAGCACGUUUCAUGGAGCUCAAAGAAGAUGUUCAGAAGGCUUUCAGCAAGGACAAAGCUGCUGGGAUCCCAUCCUCCUCCUCCUCUUCAUCUUUGAGAGGCUCUGUAAAUUACAAGGCUAGGAAAGUUUGAAAAGGUGCUUUAGCUUCUUUUUCUUUGUUUCUGGCUUCGCGAUCAUAGUGUAAAAGACUCGGUCAAAAGUGAUAUGACUCGCUAGUGUAGAAAUAGAGAAAGAAGAAACAUGUUAGUUUUUCACUUGUGUAAUUAAACGUGCACAAGGGUUUUGAAGUGUCAUGGAUUUUAUAAUUUUAAAUAUGCAGAAGUCGCCUAAGAUGCUGAUGGACCUUGCUCAAGUACUUGACAAUCUAUAUCCGGUCUAAACUA